AUGACUCGAAACGACACCUUGCCCUCAGUCACCCCCGGCUACGGGCUGAACAUGUCCACCUUCACCGCCGCCGCCCCCCAACCACAGACGACAUCAUACGAGGUCGUCACACGUUCACUCCUGCAAUCCCACUUCUCAAAAGAGACAGCCAAGCCUCUUAUCCUGGGAACACAGGAAUUUCACACUCUCGUCAAGAUAGCCACCCACGAGUUCGGCUUGUUCACAGCCGUCGUGGGUGAUGAUUCACGUCGUAUCGCUGUUGGACGGUCACUCGGCGAGGUGCAGGGGUUGGCAGAGACUGUCGCUUAUCCCUUCGGUCGAGGAGAGCGGGCUAGGAAGAUGGCGUGGUUGGAGGCUAUGGGCGAGCACUACGAGUAUUUGUCUAAUAAACCGCGUGGUCGUCUUCAAGGAUCAUACAUCAUCAAGUGCGACGAACUCCAAUUCCGUCAUGACUAUCAUCACGGCGAAAUGCAAAUUUUGCAUAUUUUUCAGCGAGAUGAUGUCACCUGCGCAAACGUUGAGCUUGGUGAACUGGAGGGAGUAAUGCUCCUAUCAACGAAUACCUCAGCCCUGGACGCCCUGGAACAUUCCUACGACCUUACCGAUCCGAAUGUCACGUUCAGAAAGUGCAACCCCAAGACAUGCAUAGCGCCACAACCGAAAUGGUCUCCCUCAACAGGCCGACGCUUCUUAUUCCGGCUGCGAGGAAGGGAGAUUGCAAGUGGCGAGUUUGUCUCCGAGCCAGAGUGUGGCGAGAUCGAGUUUCUCGAUGAUGAGUUUACUAAGUUUAUUGGGAGGAUCAAUAUUCCUUUCAUGGGUGAAGAAGUUGAGUUUAGGGGGUUUAAGGUUUCUGACACACCGCAUGAUCAACCUUUUGAGUGGGAGUUUUUCUCUUUUGAAGAGCCCAUGAAUUCACGACGGUGUGAACAUGGGGUUGAAGGCGAGUUUGACUCAGAAGCAGAGAUUGAUGACACGGCCUCAGAUAGCACAACUUCGUCUUAA